GUUGAUAGCUUCGCUCGUAUAGAUAAAUUAACAAAUAUGGAAUCUAGUAGAAUAUUGGCAGAUAGUUCAGUUGUCAUUUCUGGAAUAUCAGGUAGAUUUCCUAAAAGUGAUAAUAUAAGUGAUUUAAUAGAUAAUUUAAUGAAUGGAAAAGAUUGCGUCUCAUCAGAUAACACGAGAUGGACAUAUAAUGACGCUAAAAUUCCAACGCGCAUCGGAACGAUGUCACAAAUAACAAAGUUUGAUAAUAUUUGUUUUGGAAUCAAUGCAAGACAAGCAGAAUUUAUUGAUCCGACAUCAAGACUGGCAAUGGAAGUUGCGUUCGAAGCGAUCACUGAUGCUGGGAUUAAUCCUGUCGAACUAAAGAACACGAAAACGAAUGUUUACGGAGCAUUGACUUUUUCCGAGUCAGAAACAUCUUUCUUCUACGAGAGUAAACAGCUAAAUGGUUUUUCGAUUACUGGAAACAGCCGAGGUUUGUUUUCAAACAGAAUAUCUUUUUCCAUGGGUCUAAUCGGCUCUAGUUGCACGAUCGAUGCCACUUGCGCAUCCAGCGGAGUAGCUAUUCAAAAAGCUUACGAAGCUCUUAAUGCUAAAAUUUGCGAUUUUGCAAUUGUUAUUAGUGGAUGCAUAAUUUUGCAUCCACAAACGUCUUACAGCAUGUCUGAAUUAGGGUUAUUGUCUGAAGAUGGUUUUAAUCGCUCUUUCGACAUAAAAGCUAAUGGAUUUACAAGGAGUGAGUCGUUGGGAGCAUUUAUYAUGCAAAGAGCUAAAAAUGCUAAACGGAUAUACAGCGAAAUUGUUAAUACUAUUGCAUUGUAUGGCGAAUCAAUAGAAGAAAAAAAUUGUUUAUAUCCAACAGCAAAAUUUCAGGCUGAAAUUAUGGAGAAAACUUUAAUAGAUUGCGACGUAAAACCAAGUGACGUAAGUUACAUCGAAGCCGAUGGUACGGCGAUCAAAUUGAUGGAUCGCGAAGAAAUAAAGGCAAUAGAUCUAGUAUAUGGUGAAAAUCGAAGUCCAUCUGAUCCUCUUCUAAUAGGAUCGGUUAAAUCAAACAUUGGUCAUACAUUUAAUAAUAAUACAAUGAAUUCGAUCAUAAAGGUACUUAUUGCUAUGGAGACAGGAGUUAUACCUCCGAAUCUUCAUUACGACGAGCCUCCGGAAGAUGCGAAAUGUCUUCAGGACGGACGCAUAAAAGUUGUUACAGAAUCGGUACCUUGGACGGGCGCUUAUGCUGCUGUAAACACAACCUCUAUAAACGGUUUCUUUUCUCACAUUAUCCUAAAACGUCAUUUCAAAGAGAAACUAAAGAGAGACCGUUCGUUCUAUAAUAUGCCUCGACUAUAUGUAAUUUCUUGUAGAAAUGAGGAGAUGAUAUCAUCGAUCUUUAACGUCUUGAAGCAGAACAAAGGAGAUGACGAACUGGCUCAAUUAAUAAAUGACAUUACCGAGAAACCAUUUAUGCAUUCUCUGUAUUCUGGAUAUAUAGUAAUUCCUGAAUUUGAAGAAGAUAAUUCAGAACAAUCGAUAGAGCYGAUUAAAGAYGAAUCCCGACAGAUCUGGUUCGUAUUUUCGGGGAUGGGCUCGCAAUGGACUGGAAUGGGUGAAUCGCUAAUGAAGAUACCAAUCUUUGCUGAAGCAAUCAAAAAAUGUGAUGAAAUUUUAAGACCUCGAGGUUACGACAUUAUACAUAUAAUAUGCGACAAAGAUCCAAAAAUAUACGACAAUAUUAUACAUUGUUUUCUGGGAAUCGCAGCUAUACAAAUCGGUUUGGUAGAUAUUUUAUACGCCGUUGGCGUGCGACCAAAUUACAUGAUUGGACACUCUGUCGGUGAGCUUGGUUGUUCUUACGCUGAUGGUUGCUUUUCCGCUGAGGAAAUGAUUUUAUGCGCUCUCUCACGAGGUUUGGCAUCGGUAGAGAGCAAUUUAAUACAUGGAACGAUGGCUGCAAUCGGACUUGGCUACCAACAAGUUAGACAUUUUUGUCCAGAAGACAUUGAUGUUGCUUGUCAUAAUGGGCCCGAUAGUUGCACAAUAAGUGGACCUACCGAAUCCAUAAAUGCUUUUGUCAAUGAAUUACAGAGUAGAGGAAUAUUUGCUAAAACCGUGCCAACUAGUAAUAUUGCUUACCAUAGUCGUUACAUUUCCCCAGCUGGUCCAAAAUUGUUGGAUUAUUUAAAGAAAGUCAUUCCUCGACCAAAAAAACGUAGUAAACGUUGGAUAAGCACGUCCGUUCCGAAAAACGAAUGGGACUCAACGAAUGCUCUCUUUUCCUCAGCGGAAUAUCAUACAAAUAAUCUCCUAUCUUCUGUUUUAUUCGAAGAAGUAUUAAAAACGAUACCAAAAAACACUAUUACCAUUGAAAUUUCUCCUCACGGACUAUUACAGGCAAUUCUGAAAAAAUCCUUGUACAACGAUUGCAUUAACUUAUCAUUAACRAAACGAGACCAUAAGGACAAUGCAACUUUAAUUUUAUCCACGUUAGGAAAGCUUUAUAAUCUAGGGUGUCCUAUUAAGCCAGGAAAAUUAUAUCCAAAAAUUCCUUAUCCUGUUUCUACAGGAACCCCAUCGAUUUCUUCGCUCGUCCUAUGGGAACAUAAUUCCGACUGGCGCGUUUGCUCUUCUAUAGCAAAAACGAGGCAAAGACUUGCAGAACGCUCGUUUCUCUUGAAUUUGAAAUCAGACGAAUAUAAGUUUUUACGAGAUUUUCAAAUUAAUGACGAUGUGAUCGUACCAUCAGCAAUUUAUUUAAAUUUACUUGCAAAUAUGUACUUAGACUUAUUAUUAAAAAAGGAUGAGAAAUCCCUAACGCUCCAGAAUAUUAUUAUUUACCAUAAAUUACUAAUAGUACCUAGAAACGGCAAAAUGAGCUUUAAUAUUACGAUAUUAAAAGGCUCGGGAAAAUUUGAAAUAAGAACCAAAGAUAAAAUGAUUGCUUCUGGAAUUAUAAGCCUAACAGAAACAGAAAAGAAUGAUAUUCCUGAAGUAACUUUACGAGAAAAAGAGAUGGAAAUUUUAACCGAAAAAGAAAUUUACUCGAAUCUACUUUUACGUGGUUACCAAUAUGAGGAGUCUUACAAUAUUAUAAGCAGACUUUCUACAUCGUGUUCUAAUGGAACGUUUAAAUGGACCAGUGAUUGGAGAUUAUUACUAGAAGGAUUAAUUCAAGUACAUAUCUUUAACAGUAGGAAUAAAAAUAUGUUGAUACCGAGAAAGAUAGAAAAACUCGUCAUUGACAAGGCACAAUUAACAGAAAAAAUGAAGGAAAGCAAUGGUAAGCAUUUGAAACCUAAUAUUAAAUUAUUCGUGGUUAUUAACCCUUUGCGGUC